AGGCCGAUGGUGAAUGGCGUCAGCUGCGGACAACGCUUUGCCCAUCCCAGCGAUGCCUUGCAGGUCCCGGACCUGGAGGACUAUUGGGGCGCCCAUCGGAUCGUCACCUGUGACGCACCGGUUUUUUGGGUGAACUUCAGCUUGUCCGGGAACACCAAGCGCUACCUUGACAUCAGUGCAGGCACCCUACAUCCGGCCUCCUCCUUCAGCUCUGAUCGGCUGUGGGAUUUGAGAGUGGACGCGUUGGUGCUUGCACCGGGCUUGCCACAGCUAGACCCAUCCACGCUGGAGAUUGACCUCCCAGCUGAAGUAGGUAGCUUUGGUCAGCUCCUACAGUCCCCAGAAGACGUCUCCACCUGCGCGCACCGAGAGACGCAGCUGGCGGUCCAGGUGCGGCAGGGCCUGUGCGGCUACUUCGACAACUUUGGAGCCUGGGGCGUUUGGAGUUCGGUUCUGCUGGACCGGCACGUGGAGGUCUCCGGCGAUGGCUUGGUGGCCUUUUGGCUUCGCGGUGGAACGACGGGGAAGUUCUGGGUCAUGUUGGGGACAGCUGGUCCGGAGCAAGAGGACCUCAUUGGAACACAGUUGAUCCCGAAAGCCUCCUGUGACUGUGGAGCCGUAGAUCCCUUGAGGCCGGGCGAUGCCUUUUCGGGGCACAUGGACUUCUGGGAGCUUUGGACGCCCAGCGGGGAAGGUCUUCCGCUGGUGCGCAGUUGCGCUGGAGGAGCAACCCGUGACUCCUAUUGUCGCCUUGAAAGCACUACAACCUCGACUGAAAGCACCACAACCACCACGACUACAACAGCAGCGUCAACCACGGCUGAAGGAUCAAGCACUACAUCGACAACAAGGCCAGACACCACAGAGAACAUGGGCUCCACGGUGUCAGGAUCAACGACAUCAACCAGCGCCCCAGAAAGCACUACAAGCUCGACGAGCUCAUCCACCUCAACCUCGACAACCUCUACCUCGACCUCUACAACUUCAACGCUCUCCAUGGAUGGCAUGGGCUGUGGCCACAUCGACUGUCCCUUUCGCCGGGGGCAAAUGGCGGCCAUGGCGCGCAUGCAGAGGGCCAUGGACAUCGAGUACUCCUGUGACCCGGGCAUCGACUUCGUGCGUGGCAUGAUUCCUCAUCACCAGGGCGCAGUCGAGAUGUGCAACGUCUUGGAUGGAGCACAACUUUGGUCCGAGGUGGGCAUGGUGCACUUCUGCAACCACGUCUACUUGGCCCAGACAUGGGAGGUGCAAGGCAUGCGACGUUGGUUGCAAGAGCACCACGUGCCCGAGGAGCAGGCCUGUCGCUCGAACGGGUGCAAUACAAGCUGUCAAGAAGCCAGAGCUUACCAGGCGGCCAACGAAAAGAUGCACGAGGCGAUGGCCAUAAACUACACAUGCAAAGUCGAGCAGGACUUCGUUCAGGCCAUGAUGCCCCAUCAUCAGGGUGCCGUGGACAUGUGCGCGAUCCUAUUGACCAGCACGGAGGAUGAGUAUCUUCUUGGACUUUGUCGAAACAUCACCAGACUGCAGAGAGCUGAACUUGCUUGGAUGCAGGAUUGGCUCACCUACAAGGCUGUGCCCAUUGGAGCCAGCUGUAGUCCAUCGGUGGUGCGUGCCGAUGACUACUGCGCCGAUUUAAUGCCCAUCACGGAUGUGUGCCAUGACUUGGGCGGCGAUCGGAUCUGCGACUGCAGCGGCCUCUUGGACUCCUGCAGUACCACGAUCUCCGCGCGUGGCAGGCGCUUUGCUGUGAGCAUGGUGUGCCAAGAAAGCUGUGGCCUUUGUGAGGAGCAAAAGUCCGCAACGGACAUCGUGGUGGAUCUGCUACGCUUGGUGCCCAUCACCCAGGCACCCACAUCUGCGCCGUCCACCACCGAGUCGUCCGCGGAGUCCACCAUCUCGACGCGCAGACCGUCCGUCGCAGUGGCCUCCUCCGCGGGGACCUGGGUGAGAUUCAGCUGGCUCAGUGCUUGGCCUUGGUUGGCGCUGGUGCUCGGGUGCUGAGUGGACCGCGACGUGGACCGCAACGGACCGCGCCCCUUUUUUCCUCGCGCGGCUGCGGUGUUUGCGACCACGGUUCGUGUUGCACGGCGGUGCGGAGUCAAAAGAACUCCGGGUCCGUCGGGGUGUGGGUCCUCGAUCGGGGUGUGGGUAUAACGGGUCAUGAUC